GAGAAAAAUAUUUGCUUGGCAAGGGUUGACAACGCCGUAUGAGAGCAACACAGACAUCAGCUAAGCGGAGUCUUGAUGUCAGUCUUCUGUGUAUUUUAGACAACACAGAGAAUGGAAGGUUUACCUUUUCUCCCUGGAAAUACUUUUACAGAUCCAACGCACAACAAAUUUCACUUGAGCCAAACCCUAGGUUACAAAAAUGGUUAUGCUCUAGCAAAACGACCAGAAAUUGGCAUUGGAGGAAAACCUAUAGUUUACAACCAGCUGAAUGAGUCUGAGCUUGAUGAACUCGCCAACUUUAAUCCCACUCUCACUUAUGGCCAAGCUAAGCAAGCUCCUCCUCAGGACUUUAUACCAGCUCAUGUUGCUUGGGACAAAAAGGUUCUGAGGUUCAGGGCCUAUUUCAAGCAGACUGUUCAUGAAUCUCCCAAUGAAUAUUACCGGGUGCGACCUGUGGAUAUUUACUAUUAUCUGGAAGAUGACAGCAUUGCAGUCAUUGAGCCACAAGUGGACAACAGUGGCAUACCACAGGGAGCUCUUAUAAAGCGACAACGACUGCCCAAAAAUGACAGGGGCGAUAAUUGGCACUGGAAGGACAUUAACAAUGGAAUAAAUGUCACCUUUUAUGGUAGAGUCUUUCAUGUGGUCAGCUGUGACAAAUUCACAAUGGACUUCUUGGAAAGUGAGGGCAUCGUGGUUAAUCCACCAGAAGAAACACCUGUGGAUCCAUACAUUGAGCAGCGUAAAAAAGCAGCUGCUCCACGUACAUUCACUACACCAUCAUCCUUUGACAAGCUCAAGCAGUUUCUUGAGCUUGACCGCAAGGUGUUACGCUUCUUUUCCGUUUGGGAUGACCGAAACAACAUGUUUGGAGAGGUUCGACAGUUCAUCAUCAAUUAUUACCUGGUGGAUGACACUUUGGAGGUGCGGGAAGUUCAUCUCCCCAAUGAUGGCCAUGAUCCUUUCCCUGUCCUCAUUGGUCGCCACAAGAUUCCCAAGAACCGUAAUGAUGUCCCAUCCUCUUUCCCAGCUGCUGUAAUGGAGCAUAGUGCAAAUGAGAUCAAGGAGUACUUCACCCCUAAAGACUUUAAGAUUGGUCAGACAGUGAACAUAUAUGGCCGAAGAUUUUUGAUCUAUGAUCUCGAUAACUUCACAAAAGCAUUCUACUAUCAACAUUUUGGCAUAACAGAUUUUACUCCUAUGGAUGUCAAAGGUGUUUCAAAGGAACUGCCAAAGAUGGAAAUCCCUCCUUACAACAGUUUUGGUACAUUGGAGGACUCGAUGCAGUCAUGCCUUACCUUAAUCCCAAAGCCACCAAAAAAGGACUUUAUCAAAUUGCUAGAAAAUGAUAAGAACGUGCUGCGUUUUGAGGCCGUGAUGGACACCAUGCGUCCAGAAGAUGUUGGCCGGCGCUUCAUCAUUUCCUAUCGCCUGGCUGAUGAGAUGUUGAGUAUUUAUGAACCACCCAUCCGUAACUCUGGGAUCAUUGGUGGCAAGUUCCUGGAGCCAACACGUGUGGCCAAGCCCAACAGCACACCUAACUCACCUGUGUAUUAUGGACCUCAAGAUUUUUACAUUGGAGCUAGAAUUGAGUGCUUUGGUUUUCGUUUUAUAAUUGUCAAUGCUGAUCAGUAUGUGCUGAAGUACAUGGAAGAACAUGCCCACCAGUUUCCAGAAAAUACAAUAGAAUCAAUCAGGCAGAAACUCACGGGAGAACAAACAGCCAAAGAGACCAUCAAAGGUGGACUGAUGAAAGUUAAGAGAGAGCCUGGGGAUCUGGAUGUGCUUGAGCAAGUGCUGGCACAGCUAAAGAGAAUUGCCAUCACAGACAAGCCUCGUGUAGAUGAGAUGUUCCUUCGGUACAACACUGCACGAACAGGCUAUAUUAGCAGGGAGAACAUGAGGGAUCUUUGUUAUCGACUACAACUACCUGUGGAUGAUGACGUAAUAGCAGCAGUUGUACAGAAAAUAUCAUCAGAUGAGCAAGGCAAAAUCAGCUUGGAAGAUUUGCGUUGCUUUGUUGAAAGCUCGUAAUGCUGUCACAUACAGUGAUUGAACUCAAAACCGGCUGAAUCACUAGGUGUUUGCAGGCAGCCUUUAUGAUGAACAAGAAAUCAUCACUGAGUAUUUGCUUCCUCACUUGAAAGGACACAUAACUAUGUUUGUUUACAUAUUAUACAAUUAUGUUAAAGAAACAGACCAGGUUGGAAAGAAAUGUGACAACAAUAGUUUCUGAAAGUUUAAAACAGCUUUGUUUUCAGGUUGUUUCUUAAUGAUGUGAAUAACUUGUACAAGAGCACAGACAUCAUACUUUCUUGUGAAUCAUUCACAUUUACCAGUAAAUGUAGGUUUCAGAAAGGAAAAGAUUUCUUUCUUGUCUAUCAUUUUUAACCCACAUUAUUUUCUAGCUGCAGUUGAGAGUUCAUUUUCCCCUGAAACAUAUUGUCUCCUUGUACCUCUCAAUGAGAAAAUAUCUUUCAUUUGGCUUAUUUAUAUGGAAGACUUUUUAACUGUCACUGUGCAGAAGACCCAUUUAUUUUUACCAUGCUAUAGGCGAAAAAACUAUGAACAAAAUGCAGCACAGACAAUUUAACUUUCUUGACAGAAAUUUUCUAUUGUAUUUAUUUGGACAUAUUUUGAUAUCAUGCAAUUUAUGCAAUUAUCACUUUUUGUGUAGCUAUAAAUAAAGAUGAUGCAGAAGGAGAAAGAAAUCUUUAUUUGUAAUAAAACAUUAGAGUUGAUAUUAGCUUGUCUCAUUAUUAUUCAAUCAUUUUAUAAUUAGCAUGGUACAUGAUGCUGCUGCUUUAAACAAAAUGACAUACACUAUUUAAAAACAGAACAAGAACAUAGAUUACAUAAAACAGUAGAUUGAAAAAAUAAUCUUGGUCAGCUGGCUGGCUGCAUACGUUGACUGGCUGUAAGAAUGGAAAGCAGUUUUCUUCCACUUUGUAGCGAUUUGUUUUACUAAGAGUGUGGGAAAUUAUGGGGAAGGAAACCAGUGCACUAAAUGAGAACUGGCUAGGCCAGCCCAAGUGCUACAUACACAGAGAGUACAUGUGGUUUGUUCAAUUUCUAAGUCCAGGAAUUACUAAAGAAGGUGGGAAAGUGUAGGGAAUUUUUUUCAGUGAUCACUAAAGAUUCAAAGAGUGAGGGAAGAGAGCAUUUGGUUAUACCAUUAGGUCCAGUCCUUCUUGUCACUUGCAAAAUGAAGUUAUAAGCAAAAUAUAUAGACUUCCUCUAUUGAAUCAGUCAGUUUGAAAGGAGUAAUUAUUGAUAACCAUAUAUUCUGUUAGCAUAACAAUUGAACUAGAUUUUCUGUGAAUGUUGAUUUCAAGAGAAUAUCACUCAGUCACCUUUACAAUCAUUUGGCACAAUAUUCUGUGGUUAUCUGUGACCUCACACCUACCUGCAUCUUUUAGGAAGUAUGGGAGCAUCAGCCAUGUGAAUUCCUAGCCAAUGUCAUGUCAUUAAGAUCAUAAUUUUUCAUGACAUAUAAAAAACAAGAAAUAAGUUAAUUUACUAAAACAGAAACCUUAAGAAUUUGAAGAUAUGUUACAGUCAGCUAGUUGAAUGACAGAACUGACACAUGAGAUACAUAGAACAACCGCGCUUCCUCAUCGCUGUGAGUAGAAGUGGGUGCACCGGUGUUUUUAGUCUUUUUCACUCGGUUGAGUUGUGUAAAGAUAUAUAGCAAUUAAAGGCUGUGAUGGCGGU